AUGUUUCCUUGGCUUUUUCCCUUUGGACUUGGAGGUAUUGGUACUUCGAAUAUUAAAUCAUUUUCAGAAUCUUCUCAUCUCAACUUUUUACUCUUAUAUCAUGACAAGCGUUUCCAGCUUGAUCCAAAUUUCCCAUUAAUUGCUUUCAGUCAUCAACAAGUCAAAGCCAGCAGUUCACAGUCCUAUCUUCUUGCUGAGUCUAAUAAAUUUGAUGAAGUAAGUAGUCGAUUUUUGUCUAUUGAUAAGUCUGUUUUACAAAAUAUUGCAACCCGUAUGGCCAAUGGUGAGCAUGUCAAGCCAGCCAAUGAUUCAGAAAUUCAAUGUUUUAGGCUAUUAGGUGAUUUGAGUCAUGCUGGUGCCAAGACUCAAGGUUCAAUUAGUUCAAAGAAAAAUAUGCAGUCUGAAAUCUGGUCUUUGAUUAAUCAUAUUGGUGGUCCCAGCUGGUAUAUUACUGUGUCUCCUUGUGAUUUCAAACAUCCUAUUUGCAUCUAUUAUGCAGAUACUAAGGAAAAGUUUGAUGUCCCUUUGAGGACUUCCUCAGAAUGUCGACUUUUGAUUAGCAACAAUCCAGUUGCUGGUGCUCGAUUUUUCCAUUUACUGGUCAAUUUAUUUCUCAAGCAUGUUGUAGAUAUUGAAAGCUUAGAAGGUGGCCUUUUUGGCCCCACAAGUGGCUACUACUGUACUGUAGAACAA